AUGAUAAAGAAAAGAGCAAGAUUAAGUAGAGGAAAGGAAAAUGUAGAAGAAGAUUUUGCCAUUGAGAUUAUAUUUAUAGAUCAGGAAGAUAGUGUCAGUUUGAUAGAUGAAGGGGAUAGUGGUAGUUUGAUUGUAGAUGAAGAAGAUAGUGUCAGUUUGAUAGAAGAAGGGGAUAGUG